AUGGCUGACGCGAUGGACGUCGAGGCGCCGGGGAUGCAGUACGAGCUGCUCUAUACGCUGCACGGGCACGCGCGGUCUGUCGCCAGCGCCGUGUUCUCGCCGAACGGUGAGCACCUCGCGACCGCCGGCGCGGACAAGGCCGUGCAGGUCUGGGCGACGCGCACCGGCCGCCUCCAACAUACCCUGCAAGGCCAUACCGGCGGCGUGAAUGCCGUCUGCUGGACGCGUGACAGCCAGUACGUCGUGAGUGCAUCCGACGACCGCACGGUGCUUGUCUGGGAGCUCGAAACGGGAAAAAUUGUGCGCACGUACGAAGGGCACACGUCUUAUGUCUUUUGCAUCGCAUGCCACCCCCUGAGCACGCUGCUGGUCAGCGGCGGGUUUGACGAGACGAUCCGGUUAUGGGACCUGCAGCGCGGGACGUGCCACCGCACGAUUGCCGCGCACUCGGAAGCGGUGACCGGCGUCGACUUUAGCAGCGACGGCACGAUGAUUGCCUCGUGCUCGUACGACGGCCUAAUCCGCCUAUGGGAUACCAGCGCAGGACACUGCCUGCGCACGCUGCAGCACGGCGACCAGGCGCCGGUCGCCUCGGUGAAAUUCUCGCCGUCGUCGCUGCAAGUGCUCGCCAUGUCGCUCGACAGCGCAGUGCGCCUCUGGGACCUGGCCAACGCACGCAUCCUCAAGACCUAUACCGGGCACGCGAAUACCAAGUACGCGGGCAACGCCGCGCUGGUCUACCUGCCGUCCGCUGGCCGGCCGACCACGUGGAUCGUCGCAGGGAGCGAAGACCGCCACGUAUACCUAUGGGACCUGCAGACGCGCCAGAUCACGCAGGUGCUCUCUGGACACUGCGAUACGGUGGCAGCGGUUGCGGUCCAUCCCACACUGCCGCUCCUCGCCACCGCCAGCCUCGAGCAGGACGCGUCGGUGGUCGUCCGCGUACGCGGCACCGCGCAGGACGAUGCGAAUGUGCUGCAGACAACAGGGCCGCGAGGCAGCCAGGUGCAUGUGGAUGCAAGUGGUCCGGCGCCGCGUGCGCCGACGCUUGGCUCGCAUGGCAGCACGCGGUCCAAGACCUAUACGUUUGACCAUGUCUUUGGCGCCGAGGCCGACCAGGGGAUGGUGUACCAGGACGCGGUGAGCGGUGUGCUCGACGAGGUGCUUCUGGGAUACAAUUGCACGAUCUUUGCGUACGGGCAGACAGGCACAGGCAAGACACAUACCAUGGAGGGCGACCUCUCGUCGUACAUGGGCACAUUUGCGCCGGACGCGGGCAUCAUUCCGCGCACCCUCUUUCGCCUGUUUCACGUACUGAAUAUGCGGCAGGAUGAGUUUAGCGUGCACAUGUCGUUUGUCGAGCUGUACAAUGAGGAGCUGCGCGACCUGUUGAGCCCAGAUGCGCCUACGCCCAUGAACGGCGGCCCGUCUGGCCUCAAGAUGUACGAGGAAAAGGGCAAGGGCGUCGUGCUGCACGGUCUCGAGGAGAUUCCGCUCACGAGCGCCGAGCACGGCUUGCGCAUGCUGCGGUUCGGCAGCCAGAAGCGGCACAUUGCAGCGACACGCUGCAACGAAAGCUCGAGUCGCUCGCACUGUGUCUUUACGCUGCAUGUGCACGUAAAGGAGACGGGUGCACGAGGCGAAGAGGUGCUGCGCACCGGCAAGCUGAACCUCGUCGAUCUCGCCGGCUCGGAAAACAUCGGCCGCAGCGGCGCGGAAAACAAACGCGCGCGCGAGGCGGGCAUGAUCAACCAGAGCCUACUGACGCUUGGCCGUGUGAUCAACGCUUUGGUCGACGGCAGCACGCAUAUUCCCUACCGCGAGUCGCGCCUGACGCGCCUUUUGCAGGACUCGCUCGGCGGGCGGACCAAGACAUGCAUCAUUGCAACCGUCUCGGACGACCGCACGAACCUCGAAGAGACGCUCUCGACGCUCGACUAUGCGCUACGCGCCAAGUCGAUCAAGAACCGCCCCGAGCUGAACCAGCGCAUGACACGGGGCGCUCUCAUCAAAGAGUACGUCUCGGAAAUCGACCGCCUGCGCUCGGACCUCGUCGCGACACGCGAAAAGAACGGAAUCUAUGUCGAUGCGGACAACUGGGCAAAGCUCGAGGCGGAGCGCGCGGCGCAGGCCAAGCAGAUGGACGAGCUGCGCCGCAGCAACGAGGUCGCACAGAGCAAACUCGCUAGCAUGCACGAGCAGCUCGAGCAGAACACGACGCUCCUUGCGCGGCGCGACAAGGAGUGGACCGCCGCCGAGGCCGUGCACGAGGCGCGCAUCCACGAGCUCGAGGCGUCGCUCGCCAAGGUCACGCAGCUCUCCUCAGCGCUCCAGGAAGAGACGGCGCUGCACCGUGCACGCAAGCACAACGAGCAGAGGCUGCACGACAUUGCCUUGUCGCUGCACCGCGCAGCCAACGCGUCGACGCGCGACAUCGACGCGCUGCACGCCAAGCUCCAGCGGCGUGCACAGAGCGACGAAGAGGCGCGCGCGGCGCUCCGCAUGUACUACGAGCAGAUCGAUGCCGUCUGUGUGCAGGUCGCCGCGCAGGCGGCGCAGCGCCACGACGCAAGCGACGGUGCUCUGCACGCGCUUGCGACGCGCAUCCAGGACGAGCGCACGACGCUGCGCACCACCGUGACGUUGGCGCUCGAAGGACUCGCGACGCGCCUUGCCUCGGCCUCGCCGGCGGCGCGCGACACGUUCCUCAACGAGGCACAGACCAAGGUCGCCGAUGCGAUCCAGGCGGCCUUUUCAGCGCUCCAGUUUGAGCACGCGACAUCGGUCGAGUCGCUGCAAAACGACCUUGCGGCGCACGUCGAUGCGCGCCUCGCCGAGGCGGUGCAGACCGCAUCGACGCUCGCGCACCAGGUCGACAAGCGCCUCACUGCGCUCGACGAGCGCACCGCUGCGCUGCAAGAGCACAGUCAUGCGAUCGCCGCGCGCGAAGUGCAGCGUGUCACUCAGCAGAACAAGUGGCUCGUGCAGCUCUUGGACGCCGAAAAGCAAAAGACGAGCGAGAUGCGCACGACGCUCCUCGGCGCGGUCGACCAGUUUGAAGCGGAGCGCGAGAAGCGCUUUAGCGCCGCGCUGUCCACCGCACACGCCGACCUCGAGUCUGCGAAACAGGGCGUGUCUGCGUCUAGGAGCACCUACGACGGGCACCUCGCGGACCUGCGGUCCGUGCACGAGUCGCUCGCCGGCGACGUUGCCGAUGCCGUGCUUGGCCCCGAGCAGACGAUCCAAGCCGGCGCGCUGAUCGACGCACAUGCCGAUGCCUACGCCGAGCGCCUUGCCGCCAGUGCGACCGACCUCUCGCACGCGUUGGAAAAAACAACGCAACAUACCCUCGACCACGCCCUUGCCGCGGCUUCCUUGGAGAGCAGCGAGCGCACCGCCCACGCCGCCUCCGAGAUCGAUCGUGCGCUCCGCGAUGCCGACGCGUCGCCUGUGGAGCGCGAGCUCCAGACGCUGGACAAAGCGCAUUCCGCGCACACUGCUGCUCUGGGCGCAUCCCUGCACUCGGCCGCCGACCAAAUGCACGAGCUGCGGCGCGCCUUUGCGCCGUUCGUGCAGCAUACCUUCCUUUCUGACGGCCCGACGGGCCAAACGCCGCAGCGCCAACGCUACUCGCUGCCGGUGCCCGCCGACCUGAUCCCCGCGGACCGCGCGGCGGCGCUCGCGUACAUUGCCGAGACGCCGUUUGCCGACUCGCCGCUGCGGCGGCCGCUGCAGGACCUCAACGAGGUGCCGCGGCUGUCAACCGCGAGCGACGGCACCACACGCAAGCCGAAAGUGCUUGUGCGGCGGGAUACCAGUAUGUAG